CAAAAUGGCGACACCUAGGAUCUAGAACUAGAUUGUCCGAAUCCCUUUCCCCUUCUCUAGCUUGAUUUCUCCAACCUCAAGGCUGACCGCUACCGGCCCGGUCUCCUCAGAGUGAAAUCAUGAAGGUGGUGAACCUGAAGCAAGCCAUUUUGCAAGCUUGGAAGGAGCGAUGGAGUGACUACCAGUGGGCAGUCAACAUGAAGAAAUUCUUUCCCAAAGGAGCCACCUGGGACAUUCUCAACCUAGCAGAAGCACUACUGGAGCAGGCCAUGAUUGGACCUUCCCCCAAUCCUCUCAUCCUGUCUUACCUGAAGUAUGCCAUUAGUUCCCAGAUGGUGUCCUACUCCUCCGUUCUCACAGCUAUCAGCAAGUUUGAUGACUUUUCCCGGGACCUGUGUGUCCAGGCUUUGCUGGAUAUCAUGGACAUGUUUUGUGACCGACUGAGCUGUCACGGCAAAGCGGAGGAGUGCAUCGGGCUGUGCCGGGCCCUGCUCAGCGCCCUCCACUGGCUGCUGCGCUGUACUGCAGCCUCUGCAGAGCGGCUCCGGGAGGGGCUGGAGGCUGGCACCCCAGCGGCCGGAGAGAAGCAGCUUGCUAUGUGCCUGCAACGCCUGGAGAAGACUCUCAGCAGCACCAAGAACCGGGCCCUGCUCCAUAUCGCCAAACUGGAGGAGGCCUCCUCCUGGACGGCCAUCGAGCAUUGUCUCUUGAAGCUUGGAGAGAUCCUGGCCAAUCUCAGCAACCCCCAGCUCCGGAGCCAGGCUGAGCAGUGUGGCAUGCUCAUUAGGAGCAUCCCCACCAUGCUGUCCAUGCACUCUGAGCAGCUGCACAAGACUGGCUUCCCCACAGUCCACGCGGUGGUCCUGCUCGAGGGCACCAUGAACCUGACCGGCGAGACGCAGCCCCUGGUGGAGCAGCUGAUGAUGGUGAAACGCAUGCAGCAUAUCCCCACCCCGCUCUUCGUUCUGGAGAUCUGGAAAGCCUGCUUCGUGGGGCUCAUCGAGUCUCCUGAGGGCACAGGGGAGCUCAAGUGGACAGCUUUCACCUUCCUCAAGAUUCCACAGGUUUUGGUGAAGUUGAAGAAAUACUCCCAUGGGGACAAGGACUUUACUGAGGAUGUCAAUACAGCUUUUGAGUUCCUGCUGAAGCUCACACCGUUGCUGGACAAAGCCGACCAGCGCUGCAACUGUGACUGUACGAAUUUCCUACUGCAAGAGUGUAGCAAGCAGGGGCUUCUGUCUGAGGCCAGUAUGAACAACCUCAUGGCCAAGCGCAAAGCAGAUCGGGAGCACGCCCCUCAGUUGAAGUCAGAUGAAAAUGCCAACAUCCAGCCCAACCCCGGGCUGAUCCUCCGCGCGGAGCCCACAGUCACCAACAUCCUGAAAACAAUGGAUGCGGACCACUCCAAGUCCCCGGAGGGGCUGCUUGGCGUCCUGGGCCACAUGCUGUCCGGGAAGAGCCUGGACUUGCUGCUGGCUGCUGCUGCUGCCACUGGGAAGCUGAAAUCUUUCGCCCGGAAAUUCAUCAAUUUGAACGAAUUCACGACACACCGCAGCGAAGAGAGCACCAAGGCGGCCUCGGUUCGAGCCUUGCUCUUUGACAUCUCCUUCCUCAUGCUAUGCCACGUGGCCCAGACCUAUGGCUCAGAGGUGAUUCUGUCCGAGUCCAGCGCAGGCGGAGAGGUGUUCUUCUUUGAGACCUGGAUGCAGACGUGCAUGCCCGAGGAGGGCAAAAUCCUGAACCCGGAUCACCCCUGCUUCCGGCCCGACUCCACCAAGGUGGAGUCCCUGGUGGCGCUGCUCAACAACUCCUCGGAGAUAAAGCUGGUGCAGAUGAAGUGGCACGAAGCCUGUCUCAACAUUUCAGCGGCCAUCCUGGAAAUCCUCAACGCCUGGGAGAAUGGGGUGCUAGCCUUUGAGUCCAUCCAGAAAAUCACGGAUAAUAUCAAGGGGAAGGUAUGCAGUCUGGCAGUGUGCGCCGUGGCUUGGCUCGUGGCCCACGUGCGGAUGCUGGGACUGGACGAGCGUGAGAAGUCGCUGCAGAUGAUCCGCCAGCUGGCAGGCCCGCUGUACAGCGAGAACACCCUGCAGUUCUACAACGAGAGGGUGGUGAUCAUGAGCUCCAUCCUGGAGCAUAUGUGUGCGGACGUGCUGCAGCAGACCGCCACGCAGAUUAAGUUCCCCUCCACGGGCAUGGACACCAUGCCCUACUGGAAUCUGCUGCCCCCCAAGCGGCCCAUCAAGGAGGUGCUGACGGACAUAUUCGCUAAGGUGCUGGAGAAGGGGUGGGUGGACAGCCGCUCCAUCCACGUCUUUGACACCCUGCUGCACAUGGGCGGCGUCUACUGGUUCUGCAACAACCUGAUUAAGGAGCUGCUGAAGGAGACGCGGAAGGAGUACACGCUGCGCGCGGUGGAGCUGCUGUACUCCAUCUUCUGUCUGGACAUGCAGCAGGCGGCCCUGGUCCUGCUGGGCCACAUCCUGCCGGGCCUGCUCACCGACUCCUCCAAGUGGCACAGCCUCAUGGACCCCCCUGGCACCGCUCUCGCCAAGCUGGCCGUCUGGUGUGCCCUGAGUUCCUACUCCUCCCACAAGGGGCAGGCGUCCUCCCGCCAAAAGAAGAGACACCGGGAAGACAUCGAGGAUUACAUCAGCCUCUUCCCCUUGGACGACAUGCAGCCCUCAAAGCUGAUGCGCCUGCUGAGCUCCAAUGAGGAAGACGCAAAUAUCCUUUCGAGUCCCACCGACCGGUCCAUGAGCAGCUCCCUGUCAGCCUCCCAGCUCCACACGGUCAACAUGAGAGAUCCGCUGAACCGAGUCCUGGCCAACCUGUUCCUGCUCAUUUCCUCCAUCCUGGGCUCUCGGACCGCCGGCCCCCACACGCAGUUUGUUCAGUGGUUCAUGGAGGAGUGCGUGGACUGCCUGGAGCAGGGCAGCCGAGGCAGCAUCCUGCAGUUCAUGCCCUUUACCACCGUAUCGGAACUGGUGAAGGUGUCGGCCAUGUCCAGCCCCAAGGUGGUUCUGGCCAUCACGGACCUCAGCCUGCCCCUGGGCCGCCAGGUGGCCGCCAAAGCCAUCGCCGCCCUCUGAGGGGCUUGGAGUGGCCACGGGGGCCGGCGGGAGGGCUGCAGCCCCGUGCGCCUCAGAAGGGAACGUGCAGCACGAUGAGCCAGCGUUGCUCACAUCCACAUGAUGUAACCUCCCUUGGUCAGUGUCCAGAUCUUUCCCCCUGCUCCUGACUUCUGACCUCUAAGACGGCUCCCAGUUUCUUUCAUAAUUUCCUCUCCCCACUGCCAGUACCUUAUGUGCGUGAGCAGCCUGGUUUCCUUAACUCAGAGCAGGCUCACUUCAACACCCCCCACCUCACCCCCACCCACCUGCUCGUCCUCCUUCCAAGAGUGGAUUUACCUCCGAGGAACUUCACUGGUGUACCUCCGAGGAACUUCACUGGUGUGGGGGGUGUGUGUGUGUGUGUAUAUAAAUAUGUAUGUAUGUUUUUUUUUACACGAGAUGUGUUUACCUCCUCUCAGUUGUAAAUAAAGGCCUCAUGGAUCCCUUUAUAA